AUGAGCACUUUAGGCGUCAGAAUACCCAAGAAGUCCAAGAAGGGUAAGAAUAAGGUAGAGAAGCGGCAACUAGUGACUCCGAGUGACUUCUACGAGGAGGCGACGGAGUUGGAGGACAACGGAGAGAGGUGGUUGCUGUCAGAUGUGAAGAAGAGUCUGCGAUUUUAUCUUAGGGCAUUGGAUAUGUACGACCAGGGUCUCCAUCUAGCACAGGGCAAUGAUGAUAAACUUGUAUACGACAUUCUCUAUAACAGGACGAGACUGAUGUUGCAGCUGUACACUGAGUACAUGGCUAAUGAUGGGCAUGUCAACUUGCUUCAGUAUAUUAACCUGGACGAUUUACCUCAAGUAUCGAUGCUCAGGACGUUACCAUUGAUAAUCCAGGACUUGGAGCAGGUAUAUUCGAGGUAUCAUUCCAGUUUGGGCAUUGACACCUGGGACUUGCAAUUCAAUCUAUUGACUUCGUACCUACUGCUACUGGAAUCGACAGAUCUGUUCCCAUUGGAUGGUGCGGGGAUUGUUCAAUUGACUGAGAAGUUCGUCACUUUGUCGACGAGUCUUAUUCAGUAUCAAUUCCGCGAAUUGGACGUUAAUUCGAUCAUCGAAUCUAAGGCGGCUGUCCCCAACACGGAUACUGAACUGUUGCAGACAGAGCGAAAUGAAAACACUGACGAAAUUGUGGAUAUAUCAGACCAGAUUACCCUUGAAUCAGUUGCUGAGGUUACACUGAACUGUCUUAAGUUCAAUGAAACGUUGAUGGAACUACUACUCGAAAACCGAGACUCGAUCUUCAACGCAACCCAGUUAUCCCAUCUCAGCACAAUAGUCUCAAAGUCCAACUGUGAGUUGAGGGACACACUAAUUUUGAAACCAGAGCUGGUUAACAGCGACAUAGAAAUUGCAUUGUAUCAGAUUGAGUGUGUUGAACUUUUGGCGGGAGGCCAAGUGGAACAAUUCGAGUCGCGUGUCACCGAGACAAGCGAUGGGAUUUCCCCGGAGCUAAGCUUGGCGCAAACGGACCUGUUGGGGCUAUACUUAACCUGCAUCCCGGAAGAUACGCAAGCGCAAUGGCGUGCAGCGACCCUCCUGGGCAAGAAACUGGCGGAGGCAAGAGCAAUUCUGACCAAAGAGAGACAAAAGCUACAAACGCAAUCUGCAUCAAACAGCGAAGAGCAACGGAGCUUAAGCUACACGGUGUACCGGCUGUGCACCGUAAUGCUCUCCGCUGCAGAAAACGAGCAAACCCGGUUCCAGAUCAAGUUGAGACAGGGUACAUCGGAACAAGAACCCGUCAUGCAUACCUUACAGAAGAAUGCGGCCACUCUAAGGACCAACGCAGCUACCAUAGCCAAAGCCUCCUGCGGAUUGCAAGAGACCAUGGUCGAUAAGUUGAAGAGAAACUACGUAUACCAGCAAACCUCGCCGUGA